AAAACAUUCUCAACUAUGAAGCUGAAGUUGCCCAGCCCUGGUUCAAAGCUAGCCGAACUGAGAGAAGUAGAUCCCCGCGAAACCUAUGCCAUCCGAGAGUCAUGGCAGUUAGUGAUUUCGAACUUACUUAGUUUUGUACAAGAUACUUUAGCCUAUUUAAUCAUAUAAUUUGAGUUGAUUUCGGUGCAUAAUGAACUUUUCUUUGUUUCACUUGUCCGAUACACCACCUGGAAGUUUGAGGUUGUCAAGUCAGCAUAUCUAGGCGAAUGAUUUUUACUCCAAGAUGGUGUGUCCACCACAUUUUUUUUGUCAGUUUAUUCAAAAUAUAAUCGUGGUCACUCUGUUUAGAAAUGAAUAGUAGUUGAGAACUUACACACGUAUGAAGGAGAAAAACUGAUUUCAUUCUUUUACUAUUAAUCUUUACGAUAAAUACACUAUAAAUCCGAGUCAAAAGAGAAAUCAUGAGUGCUUAAGUCAAUCCAUGAUUAUAAUUUUCUACAAUGAGAAGAAUUUUUAUUUUAUUAUCAUUCCAAUUCGAAGCAUUUAAGUACGCAGAAGAAAUAUUAUAGAAAUCUCAAGUUAUUGAAUUAGGAAAUGACUGAUACUCUAUGUCGUAAGGUGACUAUACGAAAUUCUUGUAUUUUUUUUGUUAAACUGUGAAGACGAGUACAGUCUUUUUUGUGACUACUAACCUGGUGGAUUAUGUAAUUACAGUUCUUGAUAUCAGAUUGAAUAAGCAACGUUUAUAUCAAAGAAUAAAAACAAUUUUAUUUAUUUUUUUAGUGUAUCACAUUCCAUCUCAAAUGCCACCACCUUAUAUUUCUGGUCCACAUUCACAAUCAAUUCGACCCAAUCAUGAUCCACAAACAAUAAUGUCCAAUCAAGGAAAUCAUCUCACGUUACAACAACACCAAUCAAUACCAUCUCAAACAGUUACAUCUCAAUCAUCGAUUUCAUCUUCUACGAACACUGGACAAACUCUACUAUCGUCAUCUUCUCAUGAAUUGAACGGUAUAAAUGCUCAAAAACGUGAAAGAAAACCAUUACUAAUACGUGAUCCGGCAACAAAUGCAAGUAUCUUUAAUGAAUCACAACAAUCAUCUUCAAUAGCGCCAUCAAUUCAUCCAUCUACAUCACUCUUAAAUGAUAGUGAAAAUCAUCCACUAUCGUUACAAUCGACGAUAGACAAUACUACAUUUUCUACCGAUAAACAACGGCAAAUUCGUUCUGAUUUUGCACAGGGAGUUGCCAAUGUUAUCGCACAAGUACCAAUAUCAGACAAAUUACAUAAUCCACCAGGUUAG